UCUUGUUUUGUUGCUGUAGACCACUCGUCACGAGGAACUUGACAGCGCAAUGCAAAGUUGGAAUUUUUUUAUGGACAAAAUUAUGAAUUGACAUUCAAAUCAAAAUCAAGUACUACCAUACAAGAAAGUCUCACUGGCACAACAUACAUGGAGCCACUUGAUGUACUUGCACAACCUCAAGCUCAACCAAAAUCGUAUUUCUGAUUCUGUACUACAUUCGAUUGAUGUAAGAAAACUAACAGUGGCAAUUUACCUCCUGGCCUGCUGUUUGUACGAUGCAUGGGUUCUUGUCGCGCUUGCGUUCGUGAUUAGUUUUCAUCUACUUAACUGGUGAGACAUACGCACAAGAAAACAUGAGCCGAUUGCUUUGACUACGUUGAUUGUCUUCUUCCUUUCGUGCUGCAGCAGCUGCUAGCCUGCAAAGGGGGCGGCGAAUUAAUCGUGAGCCGAAGACGAAGGGGAUAUUACCUCCGCUCCAUUUGCCCUUCUUCGACGGCGAUUUCAACGAUGAGAGGCCGGAAGCUGCAUCGCAUGACAGAAAAGGCGACAGGAAGUAGAACUGCGAGGCCUCAGAUAGCGCCGUGACAGUAGACAUUUAUUCCGAUAGCUGCUGCCGCUAGUGCCGAAAAGAGACGCCGGUGCCUGGUCCUACUUUCUGCACUGUCUAUUUCAUCCAAAACUGGCCGCCGGGGAGGAGGAGAACAAGAACAGAGAAUAAGCUAGCUGUACUCUUUAUUAUACUCGCGGCGACGGGCACCAGGAGCACGAAAACAGUAUCAUGGCGGGCGUUAUCGCCAACCAGCCCGUCGUGCUGGACAAUGGGUCCGGCGUGAUGAAGGCCGGGGUGGCGGGGGACGAGCAGCCGAAGUGCGUUUUUUCCAACUACGUCGGCAGGCCAAAACACGAGCGCGUGAUGGCCGGCGCGGCUGAGGGAGAGGUUUUUAUCGGGGAGUCGGCGGAGCACUUGCGUGGGCUAUUGACCUGUAAUUAUCCCGUCGAGCACGGGAUCGUCAACGAUUGGCUGGAAAUGGAGCAGAUAUGGCAUCACGUGUAUAACGAGAUGAAAAUUGCGUCCGAGGAGCACCCGGUCCUGCUUACCGAAGCGCCCCUGAACCCCCACAAGAAUCGCGAAAAAGCGGCCGAGAUCUUUUUCGAGUCCUUCAACUCCCCCGCACUGUUCGUGAGUGCUCAGGCCAUUCUGUCGCUCUACGCCAGCGGGCGGACCACGGGCGUGGUGCUUGAUUCGGGGGAUGGGGUCACGCACGUGGUCCCCGUCUACGAAGGCUUUGCGCUCGGGCACGCCAUUCAGCGGAUGGACGUUGCCGGUCGAGAUGUCACCAACAACCUGAUGCUGCAGCUUCGGAGGCACGGACACAUAUUUCACACCUCCGCGGAACGAGAAAUCGUAUUGGAAAUGAGUUCAUUCCAUGAGGACAGCAAUUCAGCUUUGACAUGAUUUGCUUGCACACACUGGAAGUACUGGAAAAGGUGGAUUAAGAACUUCGCCUAAUAGAGUUGUUUUGUUCAUUGAUUAUGAUUGACGUUGAUCCUACUACAUCAUCAACUCUGCUAAUCUCACGGCAGGUGCGCGAGAUGAAGGAACGAAUAUGUUACGUGGCUUUCAAUCCGGCCAAGGAAGAGACUUCCCCGGAGAAUCAACCGACGAAUUACAAGCUCCCGGAUGGUCAGACGAUCAACCUGGCUGCGGAACGAUUCCGCGCCCCGGAGCUGCUGUUCCAGCCAAAUUUGAUCGGGUUGGAGUACCCAGGCGUUCACGAGCAGCUGUUCACGGCGAUAAGUACUGCGAUCGACAACAUAAUUUUCUCUCCUGCUUCUCGAAACAAAAAGUCUGUUUAUCCAUCUCUUAUGACUGCAACUUAACACGUACACGGUGCCGGGAUUCGUCUCUUUUUGAUGCUUGCAUCUUAUUCGACUGUCUGAGACACAAACAACAUCCAUCCUGCAACAUCAGGUCGCGCGGAUCUAGAUUUGAGGAAAACGCUGUACUCGCAAAUCGUGCUUUCCGGUGGCAGUACCAUGUUUGCAGGGUACGGGGACCGGCUUCUCAACGAAAUGCGCAAGCUCGUGCCGAAAGACUGUAUUAGUGACCUCUUGAUGAGUAUGGUUCUGCUACUUGUUACUACGAAAAUGAUUGCUUUUGUUCUCGGCAGGUGGACAUGUAACUUUUCAAAAGAGUUGGUGUUGGCGUUCUGCCUUUUGGUUUUGGUGCAGGAUCCGAGCACAUCGGGGAGCAAAGUUAAAAAGAAAGCCCUACACUACAUCAACGUAUUUUCAGGUAAAAUCAGAAUAUCGGCCCCGCCAAACCGGCAGAUGUCUACGUGGACAGGAGGCAGUAUUCUGGCAAGUCUAGCGACGUUUAAAAGCAUGUGGGUCAGUCGCGAGGAAUACGAUGAAGAGGGACCUGGCAUUAUGCAAAGAAAAACUUUCUAAAUUUGCAAGCGUUUUUUCAGCUUCGCGCUCUUUUGGAUGUGAUUGUGCUGAAGGAAUGAGACGGCGAAACACCAACGCGAAAAAAUUCGAAGAAAAAAAAACAAAAGUAAUAUACAGAGACACACUGGCACUGGGUCUGGCAGCUGUGUCAUCUCAU